AUGGUUGAUCUUGUGGAUUUAAAUCAACCAAUAGGUACGAGCAUUUAUACUUUGUUAAACAACACCACCGCCGAGAUCAAUAUAAAGUACGCAUACAGUGUGUUUAACUUGUGGUAUUAUAACGAUUUGACUGGUCUGCAAAUUACAAGUAACACAGAUAUAGCAGUGUUUGCAGGGUGUGCCCACACGACCUUUCUGAGUAAUGGAAAUCCUAAAAUCUUUAUGAUUGACCAAGUACCACCAACUCUCGUCUUGGGACGAGAUUAUAUUAUAAGCAGAUUUGGAUCUCAUCAUCUUGCAGGUGUAUUUAUCCUUACAACUUCUGAUAAUACUUCGGUGGUAGGGUACAAUGAAGAUAGUUGCAUGUAUGACACGGGUAAUACUAAUGAUUGGGAUUACUAUGAAAUGAACUCAGAUAUUCUUUUCAUUUCAUCCAGUGAACCAAUAGCAGUUGUCCAUAUUCUAGAAUCGGGUACGUCAAAGCCGUCAAUGUAUUAUGCCACUCCAUUGGAUGGAUUUCAGAAAUCUUAUGAAUUUUACAUUCCACCUUCAUACGAACAGUCGGAUAUUUAUGGGGUCACAGUUUUCACGUCUGACUCGAGCAGUAUCAUGCUGAAUUCUCAAUUGGUCCAAGCUACUUCUACAGGUUCAAAUGACCUGGACAUUGGUGGUGUGUCGUAUUCGGCGCUAGUAUAUACCCCUGAUCCCGGAAAUGUCAACAGAAUAAACCAUACCAGUGCAAACUUUGGUGGUUAUGUAUACUACGAACAUAAUUCAUCACUGAUUUUACGCACUCUUGGAGGACAUUAUUUCCAGAGAAACGUGACUUGCAAGCCUGGUAGCAACGUCCCGGGAUGCAUUACACCAAACACCAAUUGUCCAUAUUCAGCUCCUACAAUUAGUAUUGCGAAUAUAAACUCCAGUAUCAUUUAUGGUGGCAAUAUUACCUUAAAUUGUCUUAUUGUUUCACAUCCUGCCAUUACGACAUUCAGCUGGGGUAUCAACACAUCGACAGGAUUUACUGACAUCACUUCCGGUGGAUCGUACACAGUAGAAACUGAUACCACUACAGACAACGGAAGAGCCAACAUUUCAAUGACAAUUUCCAAUGUCACUUUUAUCGAGAAAACAUACACAUGUCGUGCUGGGAAUAAUAUUGGGAACGAAUUUGUAAGUGUGACGUUACAUGUUCUUGGAGAUACGGAACCGGAUGUUAAAAGCCCUAAGUAUAGAACAGCUCUUAGUGGCGAUAUCAUUUCGCUGCCAUGUGUUAUCGACGCGACACCUAACGUCGACUAUGUUCAUUGGACCCGAACGACAAGCAAUAAGAUGAUAGACAUGACCAAAACCAGAUACAGUGGAUCGACAACUUCUUCACCAUCUUUAAAUAUAGAUCAAGCUCGUACUUCCGACACCGGAGUAUAUAACUGCCACGCAAACAAUACUGUCGGUAGUACUAAAGGACCUGAUUUGGUAUUAGUAGUUUACGAUAGCACUGCCGUAAACGAUGGUGGGCAAUCCACGAUAACAGGAUCGAAUGUAACAGCAGCAACAACAAUAACUACAACAACAACAACAACAAAAAGUCCUAUUCUGGUUAACACAAUAACAACUACUUAUAAUACAGCAAACACAUUAAGUAUGACACCUUCCGUUUCUGCAAGACCUUUAACCUUAUCUGCAAACUCAGGAGAAAAUGUUACCCUAACAUGCGAUGUUAUCGGACCUGUGACGUCAGUCUACUGGCAAAAGUACCAGGAUGGAAUGGUGAUGAAAAUUGACCCAACCAUGAACACAAAUAAAACAUCUGGUGCAACGACUGUAGUACCAUCAUUGCAGAUCUACGGUGUGUCUCUGUACGACAAAGCUUUAUACAAAUGCUUUGCUGUUAACAUUGAUAAAACUGGAUCCAGUGACUACGUGAGCCUUGACAUAUUAGAUCAAACGUUGGUGACUUUUGUUCACAUCCCUGAGGCUAAAAAGUCAGGUUACUUGGAUAAAAAAAAGAGUGAAAUAGAGAAAGGACUACGUGUAAAUAGAAAGAUAUUGUCAUCUUCAAUACGACGUACGACUUGUGCACCAGAUUCACGACCAUCAGCAACAGCAGCAGGAGCCGUUGGCGCAUCAUUAAUGGUUGUUGUUUUUGGAACAAUGGCGCUGAUGGACAUACCCAUUUUGAUAUCGGCUGUGAAAGCCUUGUUUAUAAUUAAACAUUGA